GAUAGGUUAGCAGUAUCUAAAGAGUAUUAAUACUUGAAAAAAGCAAAAAGCAAUAAUAAAAUAUGAAAAAUUGCAUCAUUUCAAAAGCCACGUAUGCAUUUUUAUGAAACGUUCCAUUAAUUAAGUCUUAUGCUAAUACCUAAGAUUGAAGUUUUCCUGAUUGUUCCUGCCUUUACUAAAUACAAAAAAAUUAAUUAAAUACAUAAACCGUAUACUCACAAAAAAUCUCGGAUCUACAAAAGUGAAAAAAUACACAAACUAAAAUAAAAAACGUAAAAAUUUUGAGCGACAUCAACUUAUAAUGAAUAGUACAACAGGCUUAGCUCAGGGUUUACCAAACUCUCAGUUCCUUCCUGUUUGUCAAUACAUUUACAUUUUUGGUAUUAUCUUUCACAAGAACGGCCUGCUUAAACUGGAACAGAGAAGCGAGACAGUCUCUGUCCUGAAUACCUUCUUUGAAUAUAUUAAUAAAUCCAACAAUGAAUCGGAAGCGAAGCACCUUUUUUUGCAUAAUGUGCUAAAUCAAAGUGGACUUUAUAGAAUAGGGUCAAAUCAAACACUUGAAAAGAAAUACGUAGAGGAAACGUAUCAGCACAUCAUUUGCACGACCUUAUUUUCCUCCUAUGGGAGUAUUAACGGAUAUUUAUCUGAUAUAAUCAACAAGUCUACAUUUAACAGUCACGCAGUUCUUAAAAAAACUGUCGUCCAACAUCUUUCACAAAAUUAUGUCAAUGAGGAUUACUGUUCAUCUCAAAGCAAAAGUGUUCAACUUACUGGUUUGGCAAGUACAAAAAUUUUUAUGGAAUACAUUUGGCCAAUUUUCGAAGAGAAAAAUUUAUCAUUCAUCGAUGACUCCGAUUCUCGCAGGAUUUUGAAAAAUGUCUUGCCAAAUCAUAAUAUGUUUGGCAUUCAUAAAGGUUUAAGAAAAAUUACUAAAAGAAGCCUUGGUUUGACGGAAGAGGACUUUAAAAAGAGCUUAAAGGUAAUACGUAAGUUCCAAAAAGUCGGUUUGUCAGGCAUGGAAAAAGAUUGGAUACAUGCACUCCGACUGAUUCUGGAGGGUAUAUAUGAAAAUCAAAUUAAAACUGAUUUAGACGGUGAAAUAGACUUGUUCUUGAGCCAGACAAUAAGUAAUCCAAUAAUUGUUGAUUUUUUGGCAAGUUUGAAAGGAAAGGAGUUUUAUUUUAGUGACAUUACUUUUUUGACAGAUAUUCACGCCGAUGAAAUUAAUUUAAAUAAUUCGUCAAGUUCUUCUUCAGAAACAGAAGUUCGUUAUUACAUGAAAUUUAAUUCUCGUUAUGGACUAGUUGAUUUAGCUUCAUUUUAUCAUCGUUUCGCAAAAAAAUAUAUUGUAUUCCCUGAGGUCGUUUUUUCUGUACUAAACACUCAAUUUAUCCGUGGGAAGAAUAUUUUAAUUAUGUCACUGAUAGAAAAGCAGAUCUCAAAAACAGAAUAUAUGAGGAUUAGAGAAAAGGUAAGAGAAUCAUUGUUUAUAGAUAAAGGAUAUGUUGAAAGUGAGAGAGCAAAGUUUAUCCAGAAAGCUGCAUUUGAAAUAUCCUUAAGACUUCCAAUGAAGCGAAUACUUGAAUCGGAACUAAUAUUGAAACACUUUAUAUUGAAAAUUGACCAAGGUGCAAGAGAUGUUCCUACUUAUGACAUGCUAGCCAAGGAUAUUUAUACAACAAUGACGAUUAAAAGAAAAUAUGUCGAUUAUAAAAUACCAUUUAACAGUUUUAUGGAUCAUGUGCUGUAUAAAAGGAAAUUUUAUACAUUACCUGAUUUGGAAGAGGCUACUCAGAAAGUUAACCAAAUAUUUGGUGGUAAUUAUAUGCCUGAGGAGGUGGAACCUAUAUGGAGAAUGUUUAGAGAAACAGUAGAUAUUCACGAAUUGGUAUUUUCAGAAUACUGUCCCUUACAUCCACUACUACAAACAUUGGUUGAUGGCAAUAAUAUUUCAAUCGAUCGAAAAGAGAUUUCAUUAUUAAAGUUAGCUAUAAGGCAAUGUGAUGAGGAAUGGAUAAAAAAUCCAUUUACCCUUUAUUCGUUUGACACUACAACUUUAACAUUUUUAAAUGAAUUAAAAAGACUGAAUAUAGGAAGAACCAUGGAAAUAAACAUCAUGAUGAAAUUUUAUUUGACUGUAGAAGAUGCUUGGAAAAAUCGGGGUCAACGAGAUUCUUCUUAUAAUAAACAUGUAAUGUAUCAAAUAGGUUUUCACAAUGAUGCUGCUAUAGUGAAUUUAAGUCAUCUUCUGCAAAUGCCAAGUGCAUCAUACCAUCUACCAACAAUGCUUGUUGUUAAGAAGGAUAAGAUGUUUAAGAAACGUAUUGAAAACCAUAAUGUUAACGCCAUUAAAUUAAUCCCUAAACAAGAACUAAAAGAGACUUUAAUGGUUUCUUUAGUGAAAAAUCUGAAUUUGAUAUAUUCAAAAUACAAAGAGGAAUGCUUAACCUCUCUCUUAGAGAAUUCUACAUUACAAAUGCCUGUCUCUUAAUUAGAUUCUAAAAACCAAUCCUUCCAUUUGUCUAUUAAAAAGCUUCCUUUCUGUAUCUCUGUUCCUCCAGUUUAGUAUUCCACCAAUUUCUUAUUUGCAGAUGUUUCGUCCGUAACUUCUUAUUAGUAGAAUACUUAAUUUAAUUGUACCUACAUUUCUUGUAACAUUAUCGAUGUUCAGUUUACAUAAAUAAUAAUUAUAAACAUUAAAAGUUUAAUAUGUAAUCGAAUUUUUGAAAUUGUAAUAAAUUUGAAAAAUAAGAAAUUAAAUAUAAUUAUAGAUUGUUAUAGUUUUAUAAAAUAUUGGAUCCAUAUACGAGUUUUAAUAUUGUUAAUCGUAUAUUAUACUUAUUUGGGAAAUCUUGAUUUGAAUAAACUACACAUAAUAUUGUAUACUCAAA